AUGGUGCUGAAGAAUGCACUCGUUCUUUCAGACAGUAGCAAUUCUCAUGUCUUGUCCUCUGCUCGAGGGCGAGUUGAAGAUGGACAUAAUGCGUCGGUUUCCACCACCCUUGCCCUCGAGUCACUCUUCCCCGGCAAGGACCUGUUUCUCUCCGAUUCUUCGGAAAUCUUCCUAUCCUCUUGCAAAAAUCUUGAGACUAUCAGUGAUUUAGAUGCGAACAGAACUUUGAUCCCUCGGCAGACAAGCCAUUACGAAUACGCAGCUGAGUCUAUUCCACUUUGGAGUAAAACGAAUAUGAGGGAUACCCUACCAACGAUGGGCACAACGCCUGGAGCUACAGUCACUAAACCAGCAAAGCAAGCCACAAAGAUGUCAGAUUAUGCUGCGCGGUUCAGAAUUCGAAGGAAACGAGUUACAAACCCGAAAUACGUCGAUGACGAAGAGAAGCAUAACGACGACUUGAUGAGUCCCUCUAAUACAAAAAGCACCGGAGACGCUACUAGCGGGGGAGCGAACAAGAGGCGCGAUCUGGACCCUUCGUAUGACCCAAAUCAAGAUGAUGAGGGCCCGGAUGAGGACGAUCAAUUCUCCCUGAGGAUCCCCAAAGAUGGUCGGAGGAAACGAGCUCUCGACCCGACGUAUACUCCCGGCAAGGAUGACGGUGGUGAAGAUGAUGACGAUGAACAACUUCCAACGGGCUCAGGGCGAAAGAAGAGAAGAACUUUGGACCCUGCCUUCGUUCCUGACAAAGAUGACGACGAAGACCAUGACACAUUUCUGGAUUCAUCAAAGAGCGGCAAGGGCAGGACUACGGACAAAGGAAGUUCGAAAAGGAAAGCGAUCUCUGAUAUUGGAGUUGGGAAUCUACCUGCUCCCAGCAAAGACACACCUUCUCGAGCCGCGAAAAGGAAGAAGACUGAACCAACACUACCUCCAAGAGUCCCAUUGUCUCCAGCUCUCACAGAUCCUCAGCCUGAUAACUCUGGCGGAGAUGCGGUCAUCAAAAAUCCCUGGGAGGUUGUUAACGCCAAAACACAGCCCAACCACCCUUUAGUGUUGAAAGCGAUGAAGGUCCUCAACAAGAUUGCGGAUGACAGAAACCGAGCCUUCUUCGCGCUCGCCAAAGCUCAUCAACGCUCUCGAAAAAGCUAUCCAGCCCGCUUGGCACAUAGUACAAAUGACAAGGCUGAUACCCAGAGUCAGGUAGAGUCUUUACGAAAAAGAAGCAAAAACUGUGAUGCCGUGGUGGGGCAUUCGGACUCUGCCGCGCGAGUAGGCGAUACUCCAGCGAUUCAGGAAGAUGAAGCAAACAAUCGUGUACCAGAUCUGUCCCUGGAAAGAGCGAAGCGCUGGGCAAAUGCCGCCAAUGUGCCCAAAGGUCUCUGGAGCGAAGUGGAGAAAGAUCUAUUCUCCCGAAUUGCCAUGAGGGGCUUCGAACCUUUACUUCCCAAGCAGUGGCAUUACGACUUCUCCACACUCCCGAAUCCCCUGUUCGCUGUUUCUGGUGAGAAACGGGCGCCGUUGAUCAAUACGAUCAGAGGCUCGGAGUUCUACGCAAUCAGGUCGCUUUCCGUUCUAUUCUCUCUCGGCGGCCAUGUGAGAGACUGCAGUCUGCUGCGUCGUCGACCUGAACUCAGAAUCAAACGAGCAAUUGACAAGUACAUUCGCUGGGCUGUGUAUGAUGCAGGUUUACAUGUCAGUUCAGAGGCAAUACCCGUGCAUACAAUAUACGCCAGGAAGGGAGAAGAAAGUACCGUCAAGGCUGUGGUGAAGGUGAACCGCCGUUUACAGAAGCUGGCAGACCGAUUUCGAAGUGUCUAUGGCCUUACAUCCGCAAAUAAAGAGCCUGUGACACCUGCAACUAGAGCUAAGAGGAAGAGUGCUAGUGGCUCAAAAGCACCGAAUAGCCCCCCUCUUCUUACAGGUUUUGUUAUCAGCGGCCCAGUGGUUGCCAUCUUAACCCUGAACACCGACCCUUCCGUCGCAAAGGGUCAACGGGGAACUGCAGACAGCAACUUCAUUUGCCAAUUCGACCUCAGUGAGCAGGGUCAAGAUGUGUGGAACUCGCUUGCAGUGGCAAUAUCUGUCAUGCAUAUCCGCAACACCAUGAUGGAGCUUGCCGAGCAUAAUUUGGCAGGAUUGUGCAGAUUCAAUGCAGAUGGACAUGUGAGUCGCAAAGGCACAAAUCCACUAAAGGUGCAAAGUUCCCUCAUGGAUGAAAGUGACGAUAAGGAGAUCAAGUUACAGAGAGCUUCCGGUGACUUGGUCAAGGAAUUCUCCGCCAAGCUGCCAUCUCUGCUCUGGAAAACGCGGAAUGAGGACGGACAGAGUAUUCCAGUCCCACGAAGAUGGACACGGGCGGCCAAAGCAGAGAGACUUAUAAGCCUUCUUGAGCCUUUCCAAGAAUGGCCGCAGCUGCUAGACCCGCAUCUGCAGGCGCUUCUGCCUCCUCUGGUGGAUGCUUUCCUCGCUUACCUGGUCAAGCAUCGCGACCAAUAUGGCUCUAGAGCUUCCAAGGCUGAGCAGCAGGUACUGUAUCCCUUGCCAAGGGCCAUCUGUCGGCUUCUCUACACCUUUUGCAAGGUCCGCGGGGUCAAAGUCAUCAGUCGGUUUUUAAACAAUGAGCCCAAGUACCUUGAUCCAAUGUUGCGGGCGUUCAUCGAGUGGGAUGCACUCGCUGCGGACGAGGCUUAUGGGGAAAAUCCGCGACAAUUAGUUUGGGAGGAGCGCUACGUGAUGUUGAUCUGGCUUUCGCAUUUAUUGCUCGCCCCCUUUGACCUUUCGUCCUUGUCCUCGGAUGAUAUCCCGGUUCCGUUCGACAAUCUGGGUCAAAUCAAGCCAUUACCGGCGCAUGCGCCAAUGGUAACAAAGUCUUUACUUUCGGUGACGCUGAAAUAUGUCAAUGUCCCUGGUAAAGAACGGGAGGCUGCCACUCUGCUGCUUGCGCGGCUUAUUUUGCGGCGGGAUAUGCAAGCCCUUGGGCUCCUGACUAAUCUUACAGAAUGGGCGUUUGCUGUCUUGAACCCUGGAAAAAGGGAAGAGCUUCCUUCUGUCUACACAUGUAUCGGCGUUUUAUCUUUCCUGGCACGAUUGGGCGCUUCGGGCCGGGUGGAUGAGUUUGCACCCUUGAUCGUUCCCAUCUUUGAACGCACCCUGCAUAUUGCACAGGAGCGAACGGGUGUAUCUGAGAUCAUCAGUUCGUCUGCUCUUGCUCGAAAGAUUAUCAUUAAGAUUCUCCGAACUGUGACAGUCAUGGCACUGUCACUUAGCGAAAGACCAGAAAGUCCAAUUUCAGAUGACAAAGUUUCUUCGAUACUGGAAGAUUCGAUCGAUCACUUUUUGGUGUCUCUCGCCGACAAGGAUACACCUGUCCGCUUUGCUGCAAGCAAAGCACUCAGUAUCAUUACUCUGAAGUUGAACCCGGACAUGGCGUCUGAAGUCAUCGAGGCUGUCACUGGCUCCCUAGAAGAGAACAUACUUCACGAGAAGCCGGAUGGCACAAUUGUCACACCGUUCGAAGCGCGAAAGAUCGGGUUGCAUCUUCUUAAGCGAAACUUGAAUGCGGUAGAUGCGCAAAGGUGGCAAGGCCUGAUACUCACACUGGGGCAUUUACUCUUUCGACGCGCGCCUCCAACCCAUCAACUCCCACAUGUACUGCAGCCGCUAAUCUCUGGUCUCGAUUUCGAACAACGAUCGUCUACAGGGAGCUCCGUAGGCACCGGCGUUCGAGAUGCUUCGUGUUUCGGAAUAUGGGCAAUCUCUCGCAAAUACACAACCCAGGAACUGUUGACCUUGAAAACGCAAACGAUAAGCACUCCAUCGGGUCAGGAUGAAAAGAGCAUCUUGCAGAUGCUGGCAACAGAAUUAGUAUGUGCCGCUUGUAUGGAUCCUUCAGGGAAUAUUCGAAGAGGCGCGUCUGCUGCUCUGCAGGAGCUGAUUGGCCGCCAUCCCAACACCAUCGCCGAGGGGAUUUCAUUAGUCCAGGUGGUGGAUUAUCACGCAGUCGCGAGACGAUCACGAGCGAUGAUUGACGUUGCGAAAGCCACCGCUGUACUAAGUCACCAUUACUGGAGUCCACUUGUGGAAUCUUUGUUGGGCUGGCGAGGACUGGGAUCUCCUGAUGCUGAGUCUAGAAGACAGGCCGCGAAAGCAAUCGGAGAUCUCAGUAUCCACGAAUCGUACAAGACGAUUAGCAUAGUGCUUCACCGAUUACGGCAUAAGCUGUCGAGUCUUCCUCGCGGUGACGUCGAGGCGAGACAUGGCUGUCUGCUGUCUAUUUCUACCACAGUAGAUGCCUUCAAUGCGCACAAUGCCACAGCGAGGGACAGCAAGGAACAAUCUGAAGCCAAACUUGUUGCCCACCAAGUUACCGAGCUCUGGGACAUUUUUAGCUCACCAGUCGGCCCAAUCAAGGAGGACCUAACACUCCAGAUCUCUCGACCGGAAUUGACAGCUGAAGCCUCAUCGCGCUUGAUACGUUCGCUUUCCCAAUCAGUUACCCAAGGAAAUGAGCCUACUUGUUCUCGGCCAUCAUCUGGUUCGCUGGACAGAGCACAUGAGACCCUCUUGCUAUGUAUAUCUCGGAGUGAAGAUGUUGCUAUAGAAGCAUCAUCUGAAGCUGUAUCCGAGUUCUUCCCUCUUCUAUCAUUAUCUAAACAGGAAGAAACAAUCCAAGAUUGGUUCGCGCAUAUUCGUGCUACCUGGAAGCUGCCAACGGGCAGAGGACAGAUCUCGGUUCUAGGGGCGGUAUUCAGGCAACUUGAACCCGUCAAUAGUUUGAGACAGGCUGUGGUUGAGACAUUGCUUCGAUGUGCUGAUAAGGAGGAGUUGAUCGAAAAGAGGGUAGUAGCGGUCAAAAGCUUGACUACAGGAGUUUUACCGUAUAUCGCCAUCACGGAGGAUAUUGCGAGCCAUAUCAUUAGAUUUCUGAAUGACUACACAACCGACAGGCGAGGCGAUGUUGGGUCCUUGCUGAGACUGGAGGCAAUUCAAGCUGCAAAGAUUCUCCUUCGACAUCAAUCUCGUCCUGAAUCCCGCUCUAUCUAUGCUCAGAAUAUAGUAGGCUGUCUUUGUCGACUUGCUGCAGAAAAGUUGGACAAAGUCCGUCUACAAGCUUGGAUUUGUCUUCAGGAAUUCUGGGCGUCAGCCGAAGACUUUCCACCGUUACAGAAAAAAUAUGACCAUUUCAGCCAUGUGUCUUCGACCGAAUACUUCUUUCAGUUACUUCGGUUGCAAGCGAUCGAUUGGCUACGCUUACCGUUACUUCAGGGAUUGGCGACAUCUGCUGUUGCGGGUGCUGAAGGGCUCAUCCGUUCUACUCGCCUAGCACUUGUGCAGAGCCUCAGCAGCUACAGUGAAACGGAGCAGCAGAUCGAAGCGAGUGCCAUUUUGAAGGACCUUGGAGUCAUAUUGAGCGAUAAUCUGCACGACGACCGCUACGCCAUACCAACAAUGGAAUUUGCAGCCUUUCUCGUGGAUGGUUAUGUCUCCCCAGUCUAUGAAAAGUCUGAAUCAAGUUUCCGAAAGCUCUUCGUGCUUGUGCAAAAGGCACACUUUAAGUCCACGAAUAUGGCAAGGCUCGAGGCUGCAAUCAAAGUCUACGCGGCUCUGUGUCGGUUGGAACAUCUAAGGGCAGACGUCCUGAAGAAGAUGGUUGGAAUGCUCCUGCAUCCGUUUCCUAGGAUCCGUUCAAGCGUAGCGGACUACCUAUUCAUGGAGACAGGGGCCGACCUUGUGAAAGACGAGGAUUGGACCAAACCCCCGAAGCAACUCAGGAGUCAAGUGGAGAAUUUACGGGCGAUGUUAGAACUUGUCUAUGUCCGUAAUCUAGAGGAACGCAUCAAGAUCGACCAGCUCAAAGUGGCCUUGGAAGAGAUCUUCUCCGAGUAUGGCAAUAUCCUGGAGAUCGUUGCGAAGACCAACCUGAAGGCCAAAGGCCAGGCGUUCAUUGUCUUUGACAACGUCGAAUCCGCGACCCGCGCAAUCGACGAGAUCAACGGGUUUGAACUCUUCGACAAGCCGAUGGUGCUCGACUAUGCGAAGACGAAGAGCGAUGCAACCGUUCUGCAAGAGGGCGGGACAGAAGAGCUUGAGGUCCAUAAGCGGAGGCGGUUAGCAGAGAAGGAGCGCAAACAAGCCCACGAAGCCCUGGAAGCUCAGAAGAAGCUCAAGCGUCCCCCCGGUCCUGCCGACACAGCGCGUCCAGCCAAGAUGGUCAAGGGCGCGGGCCUCAAACCGACCAGCGGUGCGGCAGCAGCAGUCAUUCCCGACGAGUACCUUCCUCCCAACAAGAUCCUUUUCCUGCGGGACUUGCCCGAUACCGCCGACCAGGAGAGCCUUACCGCUAUAUUUGGUCGAUUCGAAGGAUUCCAGGAAGUCAGAUUGGUUCCUGGCCGAAAAGGAAUCGCCUUCGUCGAGUACGAGAACGAGUCGGGUGCUAUCAGUGCGAAGGAGGCUACCUCGAACAUGCCUAUGGGGGACAAUGGCAAGCCUAUCCGCGUCACCUACCAAAGACAGUGA